CCAAUUCAACUUUCUUUCUAAUUAUCCCAAAAUGGCCUCCAAAAUCUACCUCCUUUCCUCCUCCCUCCUUCUCCUUGUCGUCCUCGUCGCCAGCGACGGCAGCCCUUCAGCCGCCCCCUCCCCCGCCCCUUCGGCCAGUCCAACGGCAGCAGCCUCACCCACGGCCGGCUCUGCGCCGUCGGGCUCUCCCACGGCGAGUUCCCCCACGUCGAGUUCGGCUGCCACGCCCUCUUCCAGCACGUCUCCCUCGCCAUCGGAACCUGCCAGCGGAGUCGACGACGAUGUAUCACCUGCCGCAGAAUCGGGACCUUCUGCUGCACCGGCAGACGCUCCAGCGGCAGACACUCCGGCGGCCGAUGGAGCAGCGGCCAGCGACUCUCAUAGCGCCGGGACAGCAAUCCACGUUGGCCUCGCCUCUGCUGUCGCUGCAGUUUUAGCCCUUGUUUCUCUUGCCUGAAGAUUUUGAAUCUCUGGCGCUGCCCAGACAUUGGAAGGAUUUGUUCGCAGCUACGUUUUAUUUAUUUAUAUUUUUUAUUGUUUGUUUCUCAGUUUUGUAUCUCCCAACCGCCAGCCAUACGUUGUUUAUAUAUAUAUAUAUAUAUAUAUAUAUAGAAACACAUUAUGUUUCUUCAUUUGUAGCACGACAAAGAAUUUAUUUUUCGAGUGAAAUUAAAUAUUUAUAAUU